CCCCUAACAACUUAAGAUCCAACCGAAGAUAUAAAUAUGCACAUAAUCUACUCCCGUACCGUAAAUUUGUGCAAAAACCGCACAACCUUUUUAAAAUUAUGGCAUCUGGCUUCCAUAUGCGAUAACUGCUAAAUGGUACGAAAUACUGCGAGUAUUCCUUGUUCCCAAGCCAUAUGCAUGGGGAAAGUAUGACACGACUACCACGGAUAACGUAGACAUAUAUUUCCUCCUGGCGGAGUUCCGCGACGUCGGGGAGCAGCCAGCUGCUCCUGUGAACUUGGCAGCUCGCCUGGCAGACAUGCAUCAGCGUUCAGUUUCUCCCACGGGGAAGUUCGGCUUCCAUAUUUCGACCUGCCAUGCAAAGAUUGCUCAGGCCGUUGCUACGUGGGAAGAUUCGUGGUGCACAUUUUACUUAAACCAUCUUGGUCAUGUCAUGGAUUUAGCUAGGCCUAUCCUCCAGUGGCCUGAAUUCGACAUUGUUUGCAAACUUACCCUUGAGAAGGUCGUUCCGAGGCUGUUGCUACCACUCCAGUCUGAUGGCCGUGUCCUCAAGUCGUCCCUUAUCCAUGGCGAUUGUUGGGAUGGCAACACAGCAACGGAUAUGAAAACAGGUGAGGCAUUUGUGUUCGAUGUGUGCUCAUUUUAUGGGCAUAAUGUAUACGACACUGGGAACUGGAGGGCACCUAGACAUCGACUUAGUAAUUUGGCAUAUAUCAAGAACUACAAGAAAUGCUUCCCUGUUUCUGAGCCAGAGGAAGAUUGGGACGCCCGCAAUCUUCUCUACUCGUUGACAUUUAACAUCGGCAAUACGAUCUAUAUUCCAGGCUCCAGUCAGAGACAAGUGGUCUAUAAUGACAUGACCACGCUUUGCGAGAUGUUCUGCCCUGACGAUAUUAAACAAGAGCUUACUGCCCUCCGCAUAUUCCAAAACAGGGCAAGUCACUUGGCAAACUCGAUUGAUGUAGCCGGCGGAGAUGGCGAUGAAGUGGAGGCAGAGGGGAGGAGGAAGAAGAAGAAGAAGAAGAAGAAGAAAUAG